AUGAUUGGUAAAUAUGGAGUUGGAUACAAACCACCAUCUUACCAUGAUAUUAGAGAGAAGCUCUCGAAACAAGCUGUGAAGAAAACAGAUGUAAAUCUUGAAGAAUAUAAGGAGGAGUGGAAAAGAAUUGGAUGUACAAUUAUGUCUGAUGGUUGGACGGAUAGAAAAAGACGUUUUAUUUGCAACUUCUUGGUGAAUAGUCCCAGAGGGACAGUUUUUCUUUAUUCACUUGACACUUCAGACAUUUCAAAAACAGCUGAUAAAGUUUUCAAAAUGUUGGAUGAUGUUGUCGAGUUUGUUGGAGAAGAAAAUGUUGUUCAAGUUGUCACUAAUAAUGCUGCAAAUUUCAAGGCAGUCGGAGAGUUGUUGAUGCAAAAGAGGGAAAAAUUGUAUUGGACUCCAUGUGCAGCUCAUUGCAUUGAUCUGAUAUUUGAAGAUUUUGAAAAAAAUUUGAAGGUCCAUGAAUUGACCAUUAAGAAGGGAAGAAAAAUUACCACUUACAUUUAUGGGAGAUCAAUGUUGAUUUCCUUAUUGAAAAAGUUCACUAAAGGUAGAGACUUGAUAAGACCGGGUGUGACUAGAUUUGCCACGGCUUAUUUAACUCUUGCUUGUCUUCAUGAAUUGAAGGCAUCGUUGUUGACCAUGUUCAGCUCUGAGGAAUGGAAGACAAGCAAGUUUGGAACUUCACAAGAGGGGAGAAAAGUAGAAAAUGUGGUAUUAGAUAGCCGAUUUUGGAAUAAUGUCUCCACAUGCUUGAAAGUCGCUGCCCCUCUUAUGGUUGUCUUAAGAUUAGUGGACUCAGAUGUAAAACCCGCAAUGGGUUUCAUUUAUGAAGAAAUGGACUCUGCAAAAGAGAAGAUUAGGUCUAACUUUAACAAUAUCAAAAAGAGUUAUGAAGAGGUUUGGAAAAUAAUUGAUGCUCAAUGGGAUAAUCAACUUCAUAGGCCUUUGCAUGCAGCUGCCUAUUUUCUGAACCCUCAUUUCCACUAUGAACCUAACUUUAGAUCUGAUGGUGGUGGAGAAGUGAAAGAAGGAUUGUAUUUUUGCAUGAGAAGAUUGAUACCAGAUAUGGCAGAAAGAAGAAAAAUUAAUUUACAAAUCAUUGAAUUUCAUAAUGCUAGAGGACUUUUUGGAAUGGAAGAUGCAAAGGAAUGUAGGAAAGAGUUAAAUCCUGGGGAAUGGUGGGACAUGUUUGGUGAUGGAACUCUGGAGUUGAAGAGAUUUUCUAUUCAAAUUCUAAGCUUGACUUGUAGUUCUUCUGGAUGUGAGCAUAAUUGGAGUUCAUUUGAAAUGCUGAGAAGUAGACAAAUUCGAAAAACUAUAGCUCUUCCAUUUGAUGACAUUGAAUCAGAUGAUGAAUGGAUAGUUGAAGAGGCAGAUGAUGUUGUUGAGAUUGAACAAGUUGAAGGUGAAAAUGAUGGUGAAAAUGUUCACUUAGAUGGAGCAACAACAGAUCCUGCUCUAGAUGUUAUUGAUCUUGAUAACAUAACCUUUGGAAACAAUGAGGAUGCACAACAUUCAUCAGAGGAAGAGUUAGAUGAGGAUGAUGAUGCAGAUGAUGAUGAUGAUGCCAUUAUUAGAGGAUUAGAGGAUUAG